AUAAUUUUUCGAAGCACUGCAAUUGGGUAUUUUCACAACGUCUAGAACUUUGCUUGCCAAAACGGUUUUAGAAAGUCAGGCGAUAUGUCGUGCCUGUGCAUCACAAUAACGGUUACUUUAAGUUUACUUGCAAUAGCUGUGGUUAUAACUGUACCCAUUCUCUUGACCAUACGUUCUCAUGCGAAAGCAUCGAAUUCCUCGGACAAUUUUGUACAUGUCAACGAUGUGAAACAGGAAUUUACCCGGGCAGAUUUUCUCAACAGUUUGGAUGUGUUUGGUGGAAAACUUUAUGGUGAAUUGGCCAAUGGAAAUCCAGGAAAAAGUAUUUUCUUUUCCCCGUUCUCGGUACAAACUUGCCUCACAAUGACCCGUAUGGGGGCUGAGGGUCAGACCUCCGUGGAAAUGGAUGCCAAUUUAAAUACUGUGGGAAAAUACUUGGGAAGUGUGGCUGAUAAGUAUCAUGAGCUGUUGGAAAAAUAUGAAAAUAACUCAGUACUCAAUGUGGCCAAUAAAAUCUAUGUCAUGGAAAAUUACAAAGUAAAAGAGGAUUUUAACAAAACAUUGGUCCAGAAUUUCCUUGCUUCCGUGGAAAACAUGGAUUUUACGAAAAGUGUAUUUGCUGCCUCUGCCAUAAACAAGUGGGUGGAGCAUAGCACGGGUGGGGCAAUUCGAAAUAUGGUCUCUCCCCAGAUGUUAAAUUCGGAUAUGAGAAUAUUUUUGCUUAGUGCCAUACACUUUAAGGGUGAAUGGGAAUCAGAGUUCCACAAGGAGGCAACGAGUCCCCAAGAUUUUUUCUUGAAUAGUGCUAACAAGGCAUUAAAAAUUCCCAUGAUGUAUAAGAGAGAACUUUCAUAUUAUAAUAUAUUCCCGGAGUUGAAUAUGACCGCCUUACGUUUACCUUAUAAAAACUCAGAUCUUUCUAUGCUUAUCCUCCUACCCGAUGCCAUGGAUGGUUUGGCUGAUAUGCAGGAAAAACUGAAACACAUUCCCUUUGAGAAUAUUGCCAAUCAAAUGAUGGAUCGCACCUAUGUUCAUAUUUAUUUGCCGAAAUUUAAGACGGAAUUCGAGGUGGAGCUGAAAGAUGUUCUUAUGAAGCUUGGCAUGAACAAAAUGUUUAAUUCUGGAGAAUUCGGACGAAUGUUAGACUCAGCCGAACCAAUGCAGAUAUCGAACGUAAUUCACAAGGCAUUCAUCGAAGUCGAUGAAAAGGGAACAGAAGCUGCGGCUGCAACGGGACUCACAAUAACUACACGAGAUGGUGGUGGCAUCCACUCGAUUAUGUUCAAUGCCGAUCAUCCGUUUUAUUACACCAUCAUUAAUGCCGACAACGUUCGUCUGUUCGAGGGGACAUUUAUUAAUCAAUUUGAAAGAGAUAUUUUGAGUUUCUCAACUGAAAAAGCAACAUGUGGGGUAAGUCAAUUAGUAGUUAAGAUUCCAUUAUUUGUUGCUAUUUUGGCCAUAAGCUGGUCUACUCCAAUGAGCACACUAUCCGAUGCUACCUUCAAAACUGCCCUAUCACAAUUUGGCAGAAACAUUUUCAAUGAAAUACAGCUAUCAAGAAAAGAGCAAGGGAAUCACAUCUUUUCUCCCUUUGCCAUUCAGGCCUGUUUGGCAAUGCUACGAUUGGGUGCUGAAGGCAAAACCGCCCAAGAAUUGGAAAGGGGUCUUAAUUUUACCAAUAUGAAUAUUCAAAAUCUUGCCUCCAACUACCAUAAAUUAUUGGCCACAUAUCAACAAGGAGAUACAUUAAAAAUUGCCAAUAAAAUCUAUGUCAAGCAAAAUGAAGAACUUAAUGAAAAUUACAAUAAUCUGCUCUCCCAAAAUUUCUAUACAACAGCUGAAAAUAUUGAUUUCACAAAACCGAAAAAUUCCACAAAAAUCAUUAACGAUUGGAUUGCCUCGAAAACAGAUAAUAUGAUUGAAAACCUAAUUUCCGAGGACAAUAUCACCCCAUUUACCAAAUCGUAUAUUUUAAGUGCAAUUCAUUUCAAUGGCAAAUGGGCCACAGCAUUUCCUCUAGAAUCAACUACAGAGGAUUUUUUCUACAUGGAUUCUAAACAUUUUACAAAAGUUCAAAUGAUGAGGGUACGAUCGCAGUUAAAAUUUGGUUUCAUUGAUGAACUGGAAGCAACGGCGUUGCUUUUGCCCUACAAAGAUUCGAAUCUAUCGAUGUUGAUCAUACUUCCCAAUGCCAUUGAUGGGCUAUCGAAAAUUUUAAAGAAAUUAACAAAUUUCAAAUUAGCCGACAUAAUUUCCAGAAAUGUCAAAUAUUCGAUGAGCCUAGAUAUACAUUUGCCGAAAUUCAAAGCUGAAUUUAAGAUCAAGCUAAGCGAUGUUCUCAAAAAGAUGGGCAUGGAGAAAAUGUUUUCCAGCGGCGAAUUUGGAAACAUGUUGAAGUCGCCAGGACCUCUGGCACUUUCCGAAGUAAUCCAUCAAGCUUCAAUUGAAGUCAAUGAGGAGGGUACAAAGGCUGCUGCCGUGGCUGCUGCUGAUGUCUAUCUGCGUUCCUCUUUGCCGAUAUUUGAUUUCAAUGCCAAUCAUCCAUUCUAUUAUGCCAUAAUAAAUGAUGAUUUUAUACCAUUUUUCGAAGGAACAUUUGUGGGAGUGUAAAG